AAGAUACUGCGCAUGCGCCAGUAUCUAAUGUUUGCUUGUCAGCCAACCCUUGGUGGCGGUGAUGUGAAGGACCAACGGUACUGGCCUAUCGGUUUUCGAAAGGAAGUUAAAAGAUGGUUCUCGAAAUGCCACCGUGUAGCCUGUUAACUUGAAAAAGUACGUAACCAACUUGGGAUGAGCUAAACUGAUGUUCGGAUACAAAGCGGUGACAGCUGCAGAGGAGAUGAGUCAGCUUUGGAGGAGAGACAUACCUUUGUCAGACAAGCUGACUAAUGACUCUCCAGCAGGCCUUGCACCCAGGGUCCCUGCCACCAUGCAACCACAGGGGUCAAACUCCUCCUUGAUACCGGAAGCCCCAGUUGUCACACCAGAGCAGCCCAUUUUCCUCAUGACCUCGACUGCUCAAUCCAUAUCAGGUUUUUUUGUUUGGACAGCACUCCUGAUUACAUGUCACCAGAUCUACAUGCAUCUACGUUACUACAGCUCUCCAAAUGAGCAGAGGCAUAUAGUGAGGAUUCUCUUCAUUGUUCCCAUCUAUGCCUUUGACUCCUGGCUCAGCCUUCUGUUUUUUACCAAUGAAGAGUACUAUGUCUACUUUGACACAGUUAGAGACUGCUACGAAGCCUUCGUCAUUUACAACUUUCUCAGUCUAUGUUAUGAGUAUCUGGGAGGCGAGAGUGCUAUCAUGGCUGAAAUCAGAGGAAAACCUAUCGAGUCAAGCUGUAUGUAUGGGACAUGUUGUCUGUGGGGUAAAACCUACUCCAUUGGCUUCCUCAGAUUCUGCAAACAGGCCACUCUGCAGUUUUGUGUGGUCAAACCACUAAUGGCAGUCAUCACCGUAAUUCUUCAGGUCUUUGGAAAAUACAAAGAUGGGGAUUUCAAUGUGGCCAGUGGUUACUUGUACGUGACCAUUAUCUACAACAUCUCAGUCAGCCUGUCACUAUAUGCUCUCUUCCUUUUCUACUUUGCUACAAGAGAGCUACUCGUCCCCUACAGCCCUGUCCUCAAGUUCUUUAUGGUCAAGUCUGUCAUCUUCCUGUCCUUCUGGCAGGGAUUGCUGCUGGCCAUCCUAGAGAAGUGUGGUGCCAUUCCUCAGAUAAACUCUGCUGACUUUUCUGUGGGGGAGGGAACUGUUGCUGCUGGUUACCAGAACUUCAUCAUCUGCAUUGAAAUGUUCUUCGCUGCUAUUGCUCUGCGCCACGCCUUCACUUACAAGGUCUACAUGGAUAAAAGACUGGAUUCUUAUGGCCGCUGUGCACCAAUGAAGAGCAUCUCCAGCAGCUUGAAGGAGACCAUGAAUCCAGGGGACAUGGUGCAGGAUGCCAUCCAUAACUUCUCGCCAGCUUAUCAACAGUAUACCCAGCAGUCCACCCUGGAACGGGGAGGAGGCCCCGCUCUCUCUCGCAGCCAUAGUAACCUCAGCACCAGAGGGGACAAUGAGAAGACCCUGCUACUCAGCUCCGAUGAUGAGUUCUGAGAAUCAAACACUUCUUCUUGAGUUACCCGUUACUCUUGUUGCCUUUAUUUCAGAAGCCAUGGCAGACAAGUGAGAGGUUAUCUUGGUUCAGCUGAGGUUCAUGCCUGGUUUAUGAAAUGAUGAGAGCAUGGAAAGGAUUGAGAAGUUUAUGUAUAGUUCAGGAAAGGGGUGGAGUAUUUCUAUAUAUUCAUUUGAUGGAAAAGUUGUGACUUGUAUUAUUAACAUCAAAGAGGCCAUUAGAGCCUUGAAUCUGUAUUCUUAAUUUGUUUUAGAUUUGCUGUAUGGCUACAUAUAGCCACCUGAUACUGCACUUUAAACCCCACGGCUAAAGAUAGAUUACAGCUAGCUAUAUUGCGCGCGAGCUACAAAGUCCCAUCUUCUGACCAAUGGUGGCUAUAAGCAUUUCUCAAUUUGAGAUUUUAUUUGAAUUUUUGCCGAAACCUUGCCAAAUAGAGUAGGAAAGUGCUCCAAUUAAUAAUAUUGACAGAGCUAAAUUCAAGUCAAUCAAGGCUUUAUAAUAUAGAGUAUAUAUAUUUUUACAAAUGACGUGUGGCACUAGGUUUAUAUGGAAAAAAAAUCCACUGUCAUGGCGUGACUGAAGCUGGUAGCCAGCUAAUGUCUGUGAAUCACCGAGUAAUGUGGGUUAGGAGAGAUAUUAGUAGGCCAGGAAGACUGACAGUCGGACACCGCCCACACGGAUUACUGAAACUACACUGCGGCGCAGAUGGGGUGUGCACUGGAUUAUAAUCCCACAAUUAAGGUCGCGACAUGCAGCAAAAAUCAAACCAACCUUGGCCCAAACUUUCUAAGGCAAUAUUGAUUCAGGAGGUUCGUUCUAACAAAAAGACAAGACAUAACUAGAGAAUAAAGAUGACAGCAAUUCUUUCUAAAAUAAAAGUCCUGCUUUUAAAUGCUUUUAUAAUGCAGAGAUUUUGUGCAGAAAAAAGAGGAAGUGAAUGAGAACCUCACGUCAUUUAAUCCCAUGAGGGAACCCAAGAUAAUGCAUAUUUUUAUUUCAACACAAUAUGAAUAUGGACAUUGUUUGAGUAUACUUCUGUUAAUGAGGUGAUGUUAAAAUGUUUUUGCGCCAGCCAGUAGCCAUCGUGGUUGUGAUUGUAAAUAUUUGAUGGUUGAACACUGCAGUAAACCCCAAAUGUUGCCACUAUCUGUUGUGACAAAUCCAGAUAGUGUAUUGAAUGUAGGCAAAGUGAAAAGAGCCAAAGUGAUAGUGUGCAUAAAAAAAAUCCAAAAUAAAAUGGAGGCCAUGAUCUUUGCUCAAAUGAGCAUUUUACAGAUGUUAUGACUAUUGCAGGUGUAUUUCCGACAACCUCAUGCCCACAAUGAUGUUAAUUUGUUAUGCAGCCUUUCACUGAAUCCUGGUGCUCUAUUUUAAUCGACUGAAAAAAUGACCUAAAAUCAUGUAAUUCACCUGGAUUUCUAAACGAGGACACAUUCCAGAAAGAAAAUGUAAAUAAAAGUUUAAGCACUGAAAAACAUUUUUUGAUUACUUAAAUGGCAUUGCAUCAUAUUGUGCUUUGUUUUGCCUAUUUUAAUUUUUAUACAUUCCUGUAAAUGUUAUAUACAGUUUAUCUGUAUAUUUGUGUUAGAUCAUUUGAUGCUGUUGGCUUUUCUUAGUGUUUAAAGGGAAAUAAACGUUUCAACAAAAAUGUAUGUUAU